AUGUCUUCUUUAUCAUGCCAGUCACCUUCCAUUUCUACUGUUCUCGUGGCUCCUCUCGAGGCUGGGGUACUUGCGAACACAUUUCUGACGGGAACUUUCUUUGUUCAAGCAUAUGUCUACUUCACAAGGUUCUCCGAGGAUAAAUGGCCAUUCAAGACAGUGCUUGGUAACUGUGCGAGUGAAGGAGCCUUUUUAUGGGAUAUGACCAUCCUCGCCCUCAAGUCACCUUUGGAUCUUCUGACAUUACCCAACUCGAUGAUGGCCGUGAUAGUGAUGAUCAAUUGCACUGCACUUCUAGUACAGGCAUGUUUUUGUGCCCUUCUGUGCGAGAAUUGGUCUAAUUAUAUUCAAGUUGUUUUUCGUUUAUCGACUGUGGAAGAUCUCAAGGAAGUCUUGGGUCCCCACGAUAUUGGGUUUGUCCUUUACGUGCCUCCGACAGAUCUCAUGGUAUUCUGGACAAGGAUCCGGACAACAACCACUGUAACAUUUUCGAUUGUUUUUGCAUCCGACUUGUGGAUUACACUCGCAACCUCAUAUUAUCUGCAGAAAAGCCGACGAAGUAGCGCGUUUAGCCCCACAAACCUCGGUUUCGUCUUCAAUCGGCUCACUAUCUGGACAAUAGGCAAAGUCAUCUUAGCAAGCUCAAUACGUGAUUGCGCUAAUGUACAGACCAGAAACUGGUUUAUGCACGAGAAACUCACAGCUGUAAGCAUGGUUCUCCUGAUUGAAAUUAAGCGCAGUUUUAACCAUGGGUUUGAAGACGCUUGGACUUCCGCCUUUUGUAUCUAUGGCUCAGCCAGGAGGCGACUCGGAGUUUUGAUCGUCACAUGUUUUAGUCUACACCAAUGUCUUAAUGGCGGCCUUGUAAAGUAUGAACGGUCGUUGGAUAAUCCAACCAAAAUCCAACGUUGCAACUCAGGCGAGGUUUAUCAAUCAGCAAGCCCCGAGAGCCUUGAUGAAGAUGGAGAAACUCCACCUCAAGUCGUCGAAGGGCCAUGA